AUGGGUUGGGACGCUGACACUAUCGUCGAGGUGAAAUUGCCUCCGUUAUUUGUGAGCUUCGUUGCGAGAAAGGCUCCAGUGAAUCGGCACUAUGAAGCCAUCAGGGAAGAGUCGGAGCAGUGGCUGAUCAAGGCCUGCAAAUUUGAUGAAAAUAUGGCACGAUCCAUUCACAAGACUGACUUUGGGUACUUCUUGGCCAUUAUGGCCCCUAAUGCAGAGCGAGAUCAGUUGCGAACGAUGUGUGAUUGGGGAAACUGGGUUUUUCCUUUUGAUGAUGCUUUCGAUAAUGGAGAGUUGAAAUUAGAUCUGGAUGGUGUGAAAAGAAUGAUGGACGAGCUUUUGGCCGUCAUGAAAAACGAAGGAAUCUUUAGACCGAGAGCUCCUCUUGUUAUUGCGUUCAAGUCCAUCUGGGACAGACUAUCCGAGCAGGUCAUCAUGCAAUCCAAAUUCCAAGGCAGUGAAACACUGUCAGUCGAAGAGUUUAUCGUAAUGAGACGUGGAAGUGUUGCGACCACGCCUCUAUAUGCGCUAUUUGAGUAUGCCUAUGGAUUGAACAUUCCAGAUGAAGUGUUUGAGUGUCCAUCGAUCAAAAAGCUGGAAAGGGUCAGCACUGAAGUGACGGUCAUCCAAAAUGACAUCGUUUCCUAUCGGAAGGAGCAAAUCCUCGAUGAAAGCAGCAACUUGAUCAAAAUUUAUCUCCGGCAAGGAUUCUCAGUUCAAGCUGCUUUCGAUGAAGCUGGAAAGCUACUGGCUGCAUGCUAUCGUGAUUGGUAUUUGACACUAGCCGAUUUACCCAGCUGGGGCGAAGAUGUCGAUGCGCAGGUUCAGACGUAUAUUGAUGGCCUCCAAAAUAUUGUUCUGGCUAAUAUCCACUGGAGUUUCCGAGCGGAACGUUAUUGGAAAUCAAAUGCGGAAAUACAGAAGGAUAGAACGAUUGAGGUGCGAGUGAAAUGA